UCCUCUCCAAUACAUAGAGGGCCUCGGCAACCCUCCCUGGGUACCCCAAUCUCUGAGCCUUAGUGGGGUGCUCAGAGCCCGUCCCCCAGGACACCCGGUUUCCUGGAGAUUCCUCCCAGUGGGGACCCAGAGCAGCCCCUCAAAGGCUCAGCUAGUACUCAGUUCUCCUUUCUCCCGGGCCCUCAGGUGCCCCUCCUGGAUACCCAGCUUCUAGCUCUGGGCCUUGGGGGUACCUUGCUUUUCUCUUCUUGGUCCCACGCUCCUCCCCGAGUUUCUGUGGGCUCCCUGGGGCCUCCCCUGAACUUAGAGGGUUCCUGGGCCAGAAGAUCUAUUUUCUCUUCCAAGCUCCAGAGGCGACCUCCACUGCCCCACUGGAGAUUCCAGGGGAAGAUCCCGAUCUUCCUUUCUCAGAAUCCAGUGGAAAGUGAGCCCCUCACUUCCUUCAGCACCCCACUUGUUCCAACCGCCCCCCCCCUCCCCCGCCCCGGGCCACCGGGCCACCCUCAGGACUCUGCCUCCUUUGCACCUGCUCGGCUACGGCCCCGAGGAUGAUGAUGUGGUCCAACUUUUUCAUGCAAGAGGAGGACCGGCGGCGGCGGGAGGCGGCAGGCCGGCGGCGGGCUCUCGGGCAGCACCAGUCCCGGCUGACGCCGGAGCGGGAGGGAAAGAUCAAGCUGGGACUCCUGCUGAGCGCGGUGGGCGCCACGCUGGCCGUGCUGGCCGUGGGCACCGAGUUCUGGGUGGAGCUCAACACCUACAAGGCCAAUGGCAGCGCGGUGUGCGACGCUGUCCACCUGGGGCUCUGGAAGAUGUGCACCAAGCGACUGUGGCAGGCGGACGUGCCCGCGGGCAGAGACACCUGUGGCCCCGCGGAGCUGCCCGGAGAAGCAAACUGCACCUAUUUUAAAUUCUUUACCACGGGGGAAAAUGCACACAUCUUCCAGAGAACUACAAAGAAAGAGGUGAAUCUGGCAGCUGCCGUGAUAGCAGUGGUAGGCUUGGCACUCAUGGCCCUGGGGUGCCUCUGUAUCAUCAUGGUGCUCAGCAAAGGUGCAGAGUUCCUACUCCGAGUUGGAGCCAUCUGCUUUGGCCUCUCAGGCCUGCUGCUCCUGGUCAGCCUGGAGGUGUUCCGGCAUUCUGUCCAAGCCCUGCUGCAAAGAGUCAGCCCUGAGCCUCCCCCAGCCCCAGCCCUGGCCUACGAAUACUCCUGGUCCCUGGGCUGUGGGAUGGGGGCCAGCCUGGUCCUCCUGCUGGCCAGUGGCUGCUUCCUCCUGCUCACCUUGCCUCCGGGGCCCUGGGGCUCACUCUGCCCCAAGCUGGGGCACAGGGCCACCUAGAGCCAGCACUGUGCCUUCUCUAACUCCUUCCUUUUCUUCUUCUUAUCCCUCAAAGUCUCUCCCCUUGUCCUGGAGAAACUGUGUUCUGCCUGCUGUGGGGCACACGUUGUUUGCACAAACCUCCCUCUCCUGCCUCAUGUUUUCCCUCUGUGAAUAUGUUCUUCUCGGUGGCCGAAUUGGGAUGCAUGGGGUACGAUGGAGAGAGGGCUUUUACAAACGAGGGUCCCCAGGGAAGGCUUGCAGGGGGACCUGAUGGGGUAACGGGGGAGUAGGGUGGGAGGGAUGAGGUCAGGGGGUCUUAGGACGGACUUGGACCGAUUCAUUUCCCAGAUCUGGAUGUAUUCACUUGUGGGAGAGGCAUCUUCCAACUAAUUUGAACCUUGGGGAAACAGGGGAGGGGGAGGGGAAAUCGCUGGGUCUGGCCUCGCUGUGGUCUGGUUUGGGAUUAAAGGUUUGGAAAUUUAAGAGCUUUGAUUUGGAGUCUGUUUGGAUAUGGUUGUGUGUUCCGGGGUGGCGAAGAGUGACCCCUUGUGCUCUCCAGAAACCUACUUAGCAGCCCCGAAGUCAUAUGUCAACAAACCCACAGAGUGACCAGAAAACUCAGCAGCUUAGAGCACACACAUCGUGGGUUGAACUGCAUCCCACCCAGACGCCUCUGCUGGGAUCCCGACCCCCAGGAUCUCAGGGUCUGUACAGAGGUA